UUCGUUCCAACAGCCACAUUUAACCCCCUCCUCAGAAUAACCAAUGGGCGGACAGCUGCCUCAUUCUUCUCUCUCUUUUCUUUACUCAUCUCACUUUCUUUCUCUCUUACUUCUACCACGCUGCUUCUUUUCUCCAGUUUUUUUCCCCCCAAACGGACACAAUGCCCAGUAGGAACUGGGUUGUGUGAGCGCACAGGGACACGUCUAAGGCACCGGCUUAAAGGCAGAGAGGGAACUGCAGGGAACUGCCUACACACACACACACAGACAGACUUUGAGAGGAAGCCACAGCAUAAACACACCAAAACACAAACUGGCAAGCAGGCUCCACACAGUGGGAUAAAUCUUCAAAGAGUGGGAUUCACUGAGAAGAGGAGAACCAGAGGAGAAGAAAAGGCAGAAAGAGAGAAGAGGCAAGAGGAGUAAAGGAGAAAGGGCAAUGGCAGGCGCUCAGGUCCGGCUGCUGCUGGCCUGCCUGCUGCUGCUGCUGGACGAUGGCUCAGGGAACGCCCGCAGGCUCAGGAGGAGAGGACUGAGCCAGAAGGACUACGAGUAUCCCAGCCAGUCCCAGUCCACUCAGUAUCAGAAGAAUGACCGGUGUCCACCCCCGCCACAGAUGCUGCCCGAGCGGGCAUGUGAGGUACCAGGCUGCCGCUCAGACUCCGAGUGUGAGAGACACAAACGCUGUUGCUACAAUGGCUGCAUCUAUGCCUGCCUGGAGUCAGUUCAGCCUCCACCUGUGCUGGAUUGGUUGGUGCAGCCAAAGCCACGGUGGCUGGGUGGAAAUGGUUGGCUCUUAGAUGGACCAGAGGAGGUUCUACAGGCUGAGGCAUGCAGCACUACAGAGGAUGGGGAUGAGCCUUUGCACUGUCCUACUGGGUAUGAAUGCCACAUCAUCAACCCUGGAAACCCCUCAGCUGGAAUCCCCAACCGCGGCCAGUGUAUCAAACAGCGUGGGAACUCAGAUGGUCGUAGCCUGAGGCACAAGUACUUCAAAGAUUACAAGGAUUACUUAGGCAGUAACUCCAACAAUGCAGUGAGCUACGAAAAACAUCACAAGCACUUAGGAUGAAAAGCAGGUGACCUCCACAGCUCUACAGACUCCUUCCAACAGAACUUGGACUUUGAUGGCCAGCUUUACCAUCAACAAUCCAGCAAAUCCAGCCUUCCUCUUCUGUUCAAACUGGUUAAAUUUGGUGCUGUACAUUUUAGGUGCUACAAUGAAAAGCAAGGUCAACAUUUCCUACCUCUUCCACAAACCAAAACACAGAAGAGACCAGAGACAAAGUAGGCUACUUUGAGAUGCUAGUUAAUGCUAUGUCCUCACACACACUCUUUCAUAUAUACACAUAACUGAGAACAGAAACCAUAUGCUCUGAAAGCCAAAGGCAUGUAUGUUAAAGUUCUGAGAUAUUUGAUAUAAGCUGGACCUGAAGAAUAAGGAGCAUACCAAAGAUACCUUUCUAGGUCCCUUGCUCCAGAAAAGACAGGGAACAAAUGUCUGCACACAGUAGUAUUCCAGUUAUACAGAAUACUGGGCUCCAUAUUCAAAAUGAUUACACACAUACACACCCUCAGCUCACACCUUCGGGCUGAGUGAAGACCGGCCAGCAGGAAAUCAAGACCAUGUGCUGCUCUGUUCUUUGCAAUCCCAGCAGGCCAACAGGAUGAGAGGUAGACUGGAGAAGGGAUUUGUGGGAAACUACAGUCAGCAGAUCAUAGUGUACAGUAUAUUCUACCUUCACUGGAUGCCUCUCAACUUCUGCUCGCACAGGAGGUAUUUAUUCUUCAUCCUUUAACACCUCUUACAACUCUUAAUGCUAUCAGGCUGGAGGAGGCAGUGCAGUGUCUGGAGUUGCCUUAAAUCCCUUUCAUUACCAUUUUUUUCUUUCUAAGUCUUGAGAGAAUGUGGCUAAUCAGUCAUACCUGUCAUUAAACUACCAGCUCUAAUUUCAAUUUCUUAAAUGUUCAGAUCAGAUCUAAAACCUAAUCCCCUUAAAGGAGCACUUUUCAAUCUAAUCUCCAAAUGCAUGUAAUAAGACAUCGAUUACCACAGAUGGUAAUUUGGAUGGAUUUCCUUGUACAGAAUUGAACUGCACUGAACAGAAAACCAGGCGACUCAAAAACAAUAAAAGACAAUGCACUGGCUUGUUAUGAGUUUGUAAAUUAAAGGACAGUUUUAUCUUGUUUAAAACAGCCAGAAAAAAAAGACAAUAGAAACAUCUUGAAGCAACUACCCAUUGGCGUUCAUUGUAAGAAUUUGGAGUGAAUUGGGUUUGUUUUGUUGUUUAUUUUUUAAACUUGGUGCAGGAAAAUGAUUGUCUCUGCUAAUCAACCACACAAUACAGAUGGACACAUGGACAGUAGGUUGAAAAACACUGGAAUACACCUUUGAGCCGCACAAGUGAUCAAUUAUUGCAAAUGUACAGCGGAGAACAAAAACGUCUGACAACACUAAAAACCUAGGAUGUUUUUAUGUAAACCUGGAAGUAACAACAGCUUUUAAAAUUUUCAAACAAGUUAGGACAACUUCUAGGUCAUUACUCAAACUUAAGCACUUGUGACACUGACCAUCGCACAAAAAGGUCAGAUUUGAGUCGUAUACUUUCCAUAGAAGCACAUCAGGUGACUCUCAGGUGGAUUGGACCUACUAAUCAGAGGCUUUUGCACAAACUUGUGGAGUUCAUGCCAGCUCAAGCGCUAAAUAUAGGGAGACUGAUAUUAAAGAAUUUCUAAAUUCAUGAAAAUUCAUGAUUCACUCCAGUUAUGCUGAUAACGUUUUCAAUGUUAUACUACAAAAAAAAGUUUGCAUUAAACCAUAAAAGAGUGCAAACAGAAGCACUUUCAUUAGCGUUAUCAGACACAUCAUGCAUUGCAUGUGCCAUAAAUUAAGUUUUUUGGGGGGAGUGUUGUGUGAAGGACACCCAACCAGAAGCAAUGCAGUAACACUCAAACCAACCACUACAAUGUACAUGAAUGGUGCCUUGUCAAUUUCACAUGGUGCUCUAAUAUACUUGCCAAUAUUACAUGUUGUUCAGUAAGCUCAUGGUUCAGCCCUCACAUUUCAGGCUCGCCACACUCAGAUUUAAGCUAUGGGAGUCUGAAAGGGAAACGGAUAAAUACUGCAAUUGUACCAUUAUUAAUCCCAAAUAAAAUGUCUGACAAACCUUU